AUGGCAUGUAUCUAUCCCCUGCUGGAAGUGAAGCCCCGCGGUGGUGCUAAGACCCCGGUGGUAUUUGUAGGAACGAAAGUCCUCUCACCUUUUCAGCACAUGCGCAGCGAAUCGGAAGACAGAUUGUUCUUGCAUGAUAACCUCACAAAAGACACUGGCCCUUAUGGGUACCCCGAGUGCGGCGGCGUCGGCGGCAGCACCAUGACCACGCCCUCGGGCAUCUCCAUCACCCUCGGCGCCCCCAUACCCGCCCAUCCUCACGCCCCACACCCACUCAAUCCCCACUCUCAGCUGCACGCCCAUGGCCCCGGCCCGUCCACCAGCAUCGCGCCCAAUCCGAGCAGCAGCGCGGGCGGCUCGCCCACCCACACCACCUCGCCCAUCACCUUCACGACGCUCACGGCAGGGGCGCUGAAGCGGAAGCAGAGGAGAUACAGGACGACCUUCACCAACUUCCAGCUGGAGGAACUCGAGAGGGCCUUCCACCGCACGCACUACCCCGACGUCUUCUUCAGGGAGGAGCUGGCCAUGCGGAUUGACCUGACGGAGGCCAGGGUGCAGGUCUGGUUCCAAAACCGAAGAGCGAAAUGGCGGAAGCAGGAGAAACUGGCCGUAAAGCACCAACAAACAGCGGCGGCUCAGCAGAUAGCGGCGCAGCAGAUGACGGUGGUCCAGCAGGUGUCGGUUAGCCAACAGGCAGUGAACACGACGCUAGCAGGGAACAAGCACGAGCAGGAGAGCCCCAGUUUGUCCUCCAUGCCACGUAAGCAGGCGUGGGGAAAAGCGGCAGUCACCACGUCUCCGGAAGUGACUUCAUCCUCCGUCGCUCCGCCCACCACCCCGCCCACCGGCUCUCAGGCGCAAUCCUCCGGGCAUCACCUCUCCUUCGGAUCCACGUCGCCGAGCGUGUCCUUGCCUUACCUGGGGAUGGAAUGGGCGUCUCCCUUCACGUCGACGCUGUCUACGCCCCCGCCGCCCACCACACCCACCUCGCACUCCCCGACUCUGCCGCCCGCGCCCUCACCCGUCCUCGCCAACCCGUACUACCUGGGUGUCCGCCCACCGGACAUCGAGGCCACCGAGGAUGAAAAGCCGCCCAUGCUCGGCCAGUCCUUCACGCCCACUGGACUCUCCUUUUCCGCCUGCCUGACGCCCACGAGUCUGAGCCUCACGCCCACCAGCCUCCCCCUGGCCCCUUCCACCAUCGCCCUGCCGCCCACGAGUCUCUCCCUGUCGCCUAACUCUCUCAGUCUCACGCCCACGACGCUGCCGAUCACGCCCACCACUCUCUCCUUGUCGCCCUCCAGCCUCAACCUCACGCCCACCAGCUUAUCGCAGCUGAGGAUGCGCGCGCGCGAGCACACCUCUUCCUUCAUCAACUUGGGUUCGGAUUGA